AUGGCGACUCUUGUUGAUGGAAGAGUUUUGGUUUCUGGACCGGAAAGUGCAGCUGCUGUUCAUCUCUUGCCUUGUCGAAUCCAACACAACGGUCCUGCCAACGUCACCAACUAUUUCGUUGUGAAUUCUUCCGAUUCCACUCAAACUGGCACUGUUUCGUCCACAUUCAGAGGACGAGGUUUACAGGGUGUUGCACUGACUGCUCCUUGUGAAUACUCGUUUGUUGUUUUAGCAAACACUCGCUCUCCUCAUGGAACUGAAGCAGAUCAUUACUGGAGACUGCAGAAUCGUUUUAAAAAUAUCACUGUAUGGGCUCAUGACGAACAUGCUCCUACACAACAAUCUGAACCAUUGUUGAAUCUACCCAACUGGAUCCAGUUGGCUACCGAGAUCCAUGAGCCUGUUCAUGUCUCAUCUGAAAAAUAAAUAUAUUCCAACUAUUUCAUGGACUAUCAGUAUAAACUUGGUCUACAAUCAAAUAGAUCAUCAUUACUAUCCAAA